UAAAUAGCUCACAGACAGCCACCGAGAAACAGCUUUACAAAUUAUUGUUUUGUCUUUUUCAUUGAGAGGACAAUCGAUGAAGGUUCUUCAGUUAAUUCAUGUUGAAGAAAAUGGUGAAAUGACAGCUUAACGUGGGGGAAACCCUCUGUAAAAUUCAAAAUACUGUUGUUACAGAAAUCUGAGAUUGAAAAAUGAAUGAUUUAUAGCGACUAUCUAUUCAAAUGGAAAACUAUUUUUGAAGCCAUAUAUCGACGUUCGAUGUGAACCUGUGGUACACUUUUUAAACCUUUGUUUGGCUUCAGACUUUAUAAUGAACAGAAAGACCGUAAUCAAUAUGAUAUAUUUUAACAGAGAGGUAAUUUAUUAACAACACGGUUUACACUGCUUUUGAUGAAAUGUACACAUCUCCUCUGAGUUUUUGCGUGAAUAGGAAUUCUCAUCGUCCACUGCAGAUGCUCUCUCUAUCCCUGUGCACUCAUGUCAUCAAAAAUGAAACAUGAAAUAUUAUUCAAAUUGUGGAUUAGUAAUGAUUCUAUGGCAAUUUGUACUCACGCAAUCCACAGCUGAACCUUGGGACUGCAGUUCAUUCUUCAGCCAUCUUCCACAGAAUAUCACCAUUACAGAAUCUGAGAAACCAAAUACAUAUCUGGUGAAUUUGACAUUAACAGCUGCCUUCAACCACAGUAUAUAUUUUAAUAUUAUCUACCCCCCAGAAUUGAAAGUCUUCCUUGCAGAUUACAUAAAAGCUCAACAUGACCAAAACAUGUGGUCUUUGAUUCUACAAAAAUCCAUUGAUGUUGAAUACAUUUACCUUGAGAACGAUAAAUUUGCAUUAACUUACUUCCAAAUAAAAUUUUGCUGUGAAAAUCUUACGCAAGUAAUGACCAUUACGGUUACUGAUGAAGAUGAUAAUGGUCCUGUCUUCUCUAAUACAGAAUCUACAAACUGUACCUUGUCUGGAUACACAGCCAGCUCUGUAAGAGAAUAUACGGGGAAGUUAGAAACAAGUCCUGGUGGAAUAGGGGCAGCUGACGGAGAUAUAACCGGAAAUAACGUCACAUACUCUUUUCUUUAUGGUGAGCCAUUUGGUUUUGAAGAAUACUUCACCAUAAACUCACAAUAUGGUCAUGUCAACAAAACAAGGGAAGUAACCGAGGACGACCCACAUAGCUUCAUGAUGAUUAUUCAGGCCACAGAGGUGUCAAACCUCAGUCGGACUAAGAUCGCUGUGUUAGAAGUUGGCGUUGUGCAAAGUACCCCCGCCUACUCUUCAGAAGUGAAGGCUAAUCAGGGAGUCCUGAUAUUCCUACAAAUUCUCAGUGCUGUGUUGAUUCUUGCUUUCACUGCGGGAUUUAUUUUUAUUGUGCAUCAUCGAAUCAAAAAACGCAGUGUAAGUCCGAAAUUACCCGGUAGUGCUAGCACAAGUAAGUUUGACAGCAUGGAAGCAGUGACAGAGGACUCGUUCAUUCUAGAGAAUACCAUUGUUUUGACAGAAACAAAUCAAAUGAAUGGUGGAUCAAAAUAGCGCUCGAAAAAACUCUUCCACAGAGAUCCAAUUCAUUCAUUUGUUUUGAAGCCUAAAAUGGGUUAAUUUUCCUAAGGAUUUCUACUGUUCACUUCUUGUACAUUUUGUGUAAUUCCCAUAUCUGUUUCUUUUCAAUGAUGAUUUGUUAGAAGUUAGUCAAGAUCUUCAAUAUCUAGCGCUUUUUAAUCAUAAUGACUAUUUGGCUAAAAAAGUUUUAACAAUAAUUGUGAAAUUUUCUUAAAUAUGUGCAUCUGCCUUGUAACAUUUAUUAAUUACUGUCCAGUUGUUUGUGUUAGGUUUAAAUAUGAAAAGUUAUUCGAAUCAUUAUCCCUGGAUCGAGGUUUUUAUAGCGUCAAUUCAUUUGGUCUUGAAGCUUCGAUCGACAUGCUAAAGUAUAAUCAAAUAUGUACAUUUGUAAUGAAAAGUUGGUUGUUAUUAAAUUAUUUUUUUUAAUUGAAUUCAUUUUAAUAUUUUUAUAAGGAGACUAACUAUGAAAAACUAUUAUGCAUGUAUACCUAAAGAUAGGUGAUUUUUUUAAAUAACUUUAA